AUGACAUCACCAGUUUUGAAAUCACCAUUAAGUAAAUCUUUAAGGAUUGCUUUAUUACAAUUGAAAGCAGGAUCAGAUAAAUCGGCAAAUUUAGCUAAAGUAACAAAAUAUAUAGAAGAAGCAGUUUCAAAACAACCAAAAAUAGAUUUAGUAAUGUUACCUGAAUGUUUCAAUUCUCCUUAUGCAGUGGACCAAUUCAGAAAGUACGCUGAAACCAUACCUUCGGGAGAGACUACAAAAUUAUUAUCAGAUCUAGCUAAAAAGCAUGAAAUAUAUAUUGUUGGUGGAUCAAUACCUGAAUUAAGUGAUGAUGAUAAAAUUUAUAAUACUAGUUUGACUUUUAAUCCUACGGGAGAAAUUAUUGCAAAACAUAGAAAAGCUCAUUUGUUUGAUAUAAAUAUUCCGAAUGGUAUAACAUUUCAAGAAAGUUUAACAUUAACUGGUGGGGAUAAAGCAACUGUUUUCAAAUUAGGUGAAUAUGGAAAUGUUGGAUUGGGGAUAUGUUAUGAUAUAAGAUUUCCCGAAUUAGCUUCAAUAGCUUCAAGAAGUCCUAAUAAUUCAUUUGCAAUGUUUUAUCCUGGAGCUUUUAAUACUACAACUGGACCAUUACAUUGGCAUUUAUUAGCAAGAAGUAGAGCAGUUGAUAAUGAAUUAUUUACUGUUUUAUGCUCACCAGCAAGAGAUGUUGAAGGUGGUGGUUAUCAAGCUUAUGGACAUUCCUUAGUUGCUGAUCCCUAUGGUAAAAUUAUUGCAGAAGCUGGUGAAGGUGAAGAAAUUUUAUAUGCUGAAUUAGAUAAAGAUUUGAUUACUAAAGCUAGAGAAGGUAUACCUGUCCAUUAUCAAAGAAGAUUUGAUAUAUAUGGAGAUUUUGUAGGGGAUGGAUCAGUUAAAGUUAGUGAUAAAUAA